AUGCGUAAUGAAUGUGUUGAACAAGCCAAACCAGGUGAUCGUUGUGAUUUCAUUGGAACAUUAAUUGUCUUACCCGAUGUUAGUCAGCUAUCAAUGCCUGGUGUUCGCUCUGAAAGUGCACAACGUACACAAGGUGGUGAUGAUAAAGGUUAUAGUGCUGACGGUGUACGCGGCUUAAAAGCACUUGGUGUACGUGAUCUAACGUAUCAUUUAGCAUUUCUUGCAUGUCAUAUAACACCAGCUGAACAAGCAACGGUAGAAACAUUAUUAAAUUCGGAUUCGAAAAAGAAACGUAUCGAAUCGAUGAUGUCAGAUAAAAAUCUUUUUGUUAAUUUACGUACAAGUCUUUUCCCGACUAUUUAUGGUAAUGAUGAAAUUAAAUCUGGAAUUUUAUUAAUGUUGUUUGGCGGUGUACCAAAACGAACAAUGGAAAAAACAAGUUUACGUGGUGAUAUUAAUAUUUGUAUUGUUGGCGAUCCAUCGACAGCUAAAUCACAAUUUUUAAAACAAGUUGCAGAAUUUUCACCACGCGCUGUUUAUACAAGUGGUAAAGCUUCGACAGCUGCUGGUUUAACUGCAGCUGUAGUUAAAGAUGAAGAAUCAAAUGAAUUUGUUAUUGAAGCUGGUGCACUUAUGCUUGCUGAUAAUGGUGUUUGUUGUAUUGAUGAGUUCGAUAAAAUGGAUCCAAAAGACCAAGUUGCUAUUCACGAAGCUAUGGAACAACAGACAAUUAGUAUUACAAAAGCAGGAAUAAAAGCAACACUCAAUGCACGAACAUCGAUCUUAGCUGCAGCUAAUCCAAUUGCUGGACGUUAUGAUAAAUCACGAUCAUUGAGACAUAAUGUUAAUAUGAGCGCACCAAUUAUGUCUCGUUUCGAUUUAUUCUUUAUUGUUAUUGAUGAAUGUAAUGAUGUCACUGAUUAUAAUAUUGCUGAACGUAUUAUUGAUUUACAUACAUCGGGAACUCGUGUAUCAAAUCCGUCACUCGUUACUCAAUAUACAUUUAAUGAUAUUCGAGAUUAUAUUACCUAUGUUAAAGCAGCUGUUCAACCAAAAUUAACACCAGCUGCUAAAGAACAUAUUAUAGGACUCUAUAAACAAUUACGUUUACGUGAAACAUCAUCAUCAAGUACUGGUCGUGUAUCAUCGUCGUCAACACCGAUCACUGUUCGUCAAUUGGAAAGUUUAAUUCGUCUAUCGGAAGCGGUAGCUAAAAUGUAUUGUCAAGAAGAUAUUGAGAUUAAACAUGUUCAAGAAGCUUAUCGACUUUUAAGUAAAGCGAUUAUACAUGUAGAUCAACCGGACAUUGAUCUUAACGAAUAUAAUCGGCCAACUGCAACUGCAACAGACGAACCUAUGGAAGAAGAACAACAAGAAGACACAAACAAGGACGAAACGAAAAUAUCUGUUGAUGAAUAUAAACGUUUAACAAAUAUAAUGGUUUAUCAAUUACGUAAAUUAGAUGAAGAACAAGAAAGUGAUAGUCAAUCAACUGUUGUUAUGCCUGGUGUUAAACGACGUGAACUGGUCAAUUGGGUACUUGAGCAAUUAGCCGAUGAAAUAAAUAGUCUUGAUGAAUUAGCACGAAAGAAAGCAACUCUCGAGAAAAUUAUUGAUCGUCUUGUACACGUUGAUGAAAUUCUUAUUCAACUUGAUAAGCGUACUGUUAGUCAAUUUAGUGCUGCAACCGAUGGUAAAACUGCUAUGGCAGGUGAAGAACAAGAUGAUAGUGAAGAUCCCGAUGGAAAUAAUCUUUAUCUUAUUGUACAUCCAAAUUAUGUUACCGAAGAUCAAUAG